UAAACGUUGUCUGUAGCAACCAAUAAUUUAAUAAAUGCCAAUAACGGAAUAAUUGUAAUGUAAUAAAGCCAAUAACUUAAUAAUAAAUUAUUAUUUGCAAUAAUACAUUUCAAAUAAUGUAACAAAGUUGUUGAGCCAAUAACGUAAUAACUUAUAGCCAAUAAUGUAAUAACGUAUUAUGCUAUUGGCUGGCUAUUACGUUAUUGGCUUUGUAUUAAAAAAAUCCUUUGAAAAUGUAAUGGGCCUAACAGAGGGAAUAAUGUCAGAACUGAGGUAUCGCUUUAUUUUUAUUUUCAAUUUCUGGAGAGGAACUGUCACACUUAAUAUUGCAUCUUGCAACACAAUGCUUAAAUAUCUGGUAAAUUUGGAUUGAUAUGUAUGAAGUUCUGCGUUGCAGUUCUCAGUGUGGUAUUGCAAUUCACCGCUGGAACUCUGGUAAGCCCGUGCAUUAAGGCGGCCUUGGCUUUACGCAGUAUCAUAAACUAAGCUUUACUUUUACUCUGGGAUUCUUGAAUCGGUCAAAACAACUUUGGGGUCAGCCUGAUCUGCAGAGCGACAUUAGAUCGCUUGGACAACUGCUGCAUGAAGGGUAAGUAAGGGUGAGUACUCUGGCAUAUAUUCUCUUACCCCCAAUUUCUUUAGUCGCUAUCUACAAACAUUAACAUAGAAUGUCAAAAGGCAUAUCUUAUGAUAGAGAGGGACAGACAGGCAGACAGAGAGUAAGAUAGAGAGAGAAUCAGACAGAUGUUGGACGCAGUGUGGCUCCUCAGGACUCUUGUGGUGCGUCGACACUGAAGUCCAAAACGUUCUACAGAAUGCACAAAAUUUAGACUUUUGUAAUGUCUACAGUUAGUUCAUUGUAGGAGCUCUCAUUUCCUCGACUAGUUUGCAGUUAAACACGACAUGAGAUCAAUAUAAAACGAGCUAAACUCAUUGAAGACCCUUGCUCUACAAGCUGACUCUGGGGAAUUUGAUCCGGAAACAUUGGAAACAGUUUCAUUGUUACGCACAAUUCUACAUUUGUAUAGUAUAUCAUAGAAUAACAUACAAAAAUACGUUGAACAACUUGCCCAACUUGUCCAAGACCACACCUACUGAGAUGGUGGUUCUGAGUAAACAAGACCGUGCGUGCGUGCGUGCGUGCGUGCGUGCGUGCGUGCGUGCGUGCGUGCGUGCGUGCGUGCGUGCGUGCGUGCGUGCGUGCGGGUCCCAGCUUAGAGACUUGACUAGGACUCCCUGCUGAGAGACUGAACUUACUCGAGACUCUCUUCAGAGACCGGAAAGCAAAACAUUUGGUCAGAUUUGAGCUUUGAUAAAUGAUCAUUGUAGGCAUCGUUUGGUUGUUGCAUUGUUAUUCAAAAAAACAACGCAAGUUUAAACUUAUUGCUGCUUCUCAGGGAUAUAGAAUGAUUUAAACUUUUUACUAUCAAGCUUUACUUUUAAGCCCAAGACUUGAAUACUUUCAUUUACUGAAGAAGACAUAACAGUGGUGUUUCAGAUAUCAAUCUGCUUUUUUUCCUGUUUUGCAGGUACAGAGUAUCUGUCACGUGGGAUGGAUGGCGUAAUGUGCUUCUCAUCGACUUCGGUGGAAAAGCAACAUGUCUGAACGCAUUUAUACUUCUCUCUCACACCACACCUUUUGGCUUCAAUGUGACAAUAGGUCAUUUUAGUUUGCCAUUAGCAAUAUUUCAUAUUUCCCAGUAUCACCAUAGUAAAUAGUGUUACAAUAAAUCCAAACGUUAAACAAUGUAUUAAUAUUUGCUGGCCUCUUUGAGGGGACUGUCAACAAAUGACUACAUCUUGAGGGACAUGGGUCUCUGGUUCAUACCAUUUGGAUUUCAAAAGAUGAACCCCGGUUACUUAGUUGAUAAUAAAGUGGCCCCUGAGAGGGACGUCUGGCUCAGUCACCGUGAGCGGGGGAAAAGAGGAGGGCUUUGUCAAGAUAAGGCCCCUCCUGCCGUUUCCCUAACCUUAUGGUGCUUAUUCUAACUCAGAAGUUGGAUUUAACUAGUCAAUGCUCCAGUUAGAGUCAGACACUGCCAGCUUUAUGAAUAUAUAACACAGGCACAUAUAGUGGUAUUGUUAAGUAUUUAAAUGCAUGUUUUAUUGUUGAAAUAAACAAAUGUGGUAAGUCAUGUCGGUUUAAGAUCAGGUUAGUAAACAGGGCGAUAGUCACAUAGGCUAUAACUGUAAUGUUUAAUAUGUAACUUCUUUACCCUGUAGGAUGUGUAAGAUGUAACAUUUGUGCUGUAAUUUUGAUGUCUUUUGAGUGCGACAGUCUGGGAAUUCGGGGCGGGAAGAUAAGUAUGCUAAUGGCAAGGGGAAUGCCGUUAGGUUAGAGCGUUGUGAUUGGCCAAGGGUAUGUUGGGGGGAGCCAAAGAACUCGGCAAGAGUUCUUUGCAAUCAAACUCAGGUUUCUAUGCAACUUUAUACAAGUGGUAAUAAAGCCUUAAUCUUUCAAAGUCCUUCUCGGCCUCUCGUAUUUUGUUUUUAGUUUUCUUUCGUAUUUUGUUUUUGUUUUGAAAAACCCACAAUUAGAUUGUGGGUUUUUCAGCUAACGUCUCAUUCCCGCAGCCCCUAGCGUUCCAGCUGUGAACUGCAAUACCAUACUGAAAACUGCAAUGCAGAAGUUCGAAAGGCUCACGACUCCGUCGAAGCGUCUGCGUGGUCACGGAGUUGGAUACACAGAGUACUAUAACGAAAACCUAACAGUUACAUAUAAAUCCAAAUCGACCAGAUAUUUACGCAUGUCCUGCAAGAUGCAAUAUUAAGGCCAAGGGUGACAGUUCCUCUCCAGAAAUUGAAAAUAAAAUAAGGUGAUACCUCAGUUAUUACAUUAUUGGCUCAGUUAUUACAUUUUCAAAGGAUUUUUUUAAUACAAGGCCAAUAACGUAAUAACCAUCCAAUAACGUAUUACGUUAUUACAUUAUUGGCAAAAAAUGAUUACGUUAUUGGCUCAACAACUUUAUUACAUUGUUGGCAAUUUAUUACGUUAUUGGCCGUUAUUACAUUAUUGGUUGCAACACUGUCUAUGUCAAAACUGAUAUCCUCGUCAUUAUAUUCAGGUCAUUUACAUAUUUUCUAAAAGUUCAGGUGGUUUAUAAAACUACAACUGCAUAAAAAGAGUAAUACGUUUAUGGUGCCAUUCUUACUUUCGCUUUCACUUAGUUCCCUCACGGAGAAACGACGAAGACCUUCACGGUUGUGAAUUUGUUUUCUUAACAAACAUUCUGGCUCCUUGGAACAUCGUAAGAGACCCUGAGUCACUGCUGCUGAACCAUCAAUAGAGCCAUAACUCCAGGGGCAGACCUCCUGUAGGCCCGCGGCCUGCUCAUUGUGUCCAGGCCUACACCCAGUCCUCCAGGCUGGGGAUCAGCCCCUAGGCCUGGGGCCUGCUCAUUGUGUCCAGGCCUACACCCAGUCCUCCAGGCUGGUGAUCAGCCCCUAGGCCUGGGGCCUGCUCAUUGUGUCCAGGCCUACACCCAGUCCUCCAGGCUGGUGAUCAGCCCCUAGGCCCUGAGAUCUUCAGCAGCCAGAUGUUUCUGAACUUCAAGAAAAGUCUGUAGCUGCAAGGCAAUGAAGAUAUGGCAGCCAAAGUAUAGCGUGUGUGGCCCAUGUAUUUAGAAUAUACCAAGCAGGAUACAACAAAAUAACGUAUUUUACCAUGAUUGAACAACAAGACUUGCACUGACACACAUAAAUAAAUGCAGAUAUAUCGGCCAAAAAACAUCAGACGGUUGAAAGUUAAAGAAACUGGACCACCAUGUUCUUACAAAUCCUGUUCCUAAUAUGUUCAGUUUGUAAUACUCAUGGCGUUGCUAGUACUGCAUCACCAUCGUGUGCCAGUGAUGAAUACAGAGCGGGACAGCUCUGCUGCCUUGCAUGUCCUGGUGGAUAUAGGGUUCGUAGGGAUUGCACAGCGACACUCAUUACAUUGUGCUCAAAGUGCCCCGAUGAUACUUUCAAAGAAGGCCUUAGUGGACAGAAGCAGUGCUCUGCCUGUACAGAGUGUGUCACAGGUCAGAAGGUGAAGAAGUUCUGUACUCCAACAUCAGAUGCUGAGUGUGAGACCCGGGAUGGAUUCUUCUGUAGAUCUAGGGUUCAUAGGGAUUGCACAGCGACAACCAAUUCAUCGUGCUCAAAUGGCCCCGAUGAUACUUUCAAAGAAGACCUUAGCGGACAGAAGCAGUGCUCUGCCUGUACAGAGUGUGUCACAGGUCAGGAGGUGAAGAAGUUCUGUACUCCAACAUCAGAUACUGAGUGUGAGAUCCUGAAUGGAUUCUUCUGUAGUGACUCAGCAGAUAAAGACACAUUCUCAGAGGCCACAUUGUCAUGCCAACCCCACACGAUAUGUGAUUCUGUGGGAGGGGUGCAGAUGCAACCAGGAACUGAUUCAACUGAUUCUACAUGUAUUAAAUAUGUGGCAAUUGCGUUCAUAAUAAUAGGAUGCAUAUGUUUCAUCAUUUCGUUAGUCCUGGGAGCAUUGUUUUAUAGAUGGCUGAAAAUGGAAAGGGAUUUAACUGAAUUGGAAAAACAAAUAGAUGAGAUGGAAACACCGGAACAGAGGGAUAUUUGUUACACAUUGGGGAAACCACUUGAAGAGAAAAAGAAAACACAGGAACAGCAGAGGAAGUUUGAUGAAUUGAUUGAUCGAUAUAAUGAGAAAAGGGAAUCACUGAAAACUGAUUGGACGUUAACUGAAUUGGAAAAAGAAAUAGAUGAGAUGGAAACACCGGAACAGGAGAAUAACUGUUACGAAAAGGCUAAUCUAAUCCGUCAGAAGAAAAAGAAAACACCGGAACAGAAUAAGAAGCUGGAGAGAUUAUAUCCUCGAUUUCUGGACAAAAGGAAAACACUGGCACUGGAUUUUCUGUCAACUGAAUGGGGUUAUAAAAUACGUCUGGAGGAAACAGAGGAACCAAACAGGAGGUUGAAUGGUAAGCUAAUAUUCCACAUGUUUCACUUUGUAAAUGAGUCACAGAUCAUUAAUUAAUAUCCAGUGAUUUGCAAGGGUUAAUGACACACACCAAGCCAAAUGAUAUCGCUGUGAUUCAAAACAUUUCAUCUAAUUGUACCAGAGAGUCAGAGCCUACCUAGCAGAGGGACCAGAGUGGGAGACCUACUGAACAAGAUUGUCUAGAUCAGGGUUCCUCAACCUUUUUAUUACUGAGGCCCGGUAUGCAUAUUUAUAUGGGGGGUUAUUGUUAGGGUUGGUGUGAGGCCUCUCCUGUUGUCCUGUGGUAGUGAACUUCAAAAUAUGAAUGGCCACUACAUUUUUCCCCACUGAUACAGUAAGCGCCAUAAAUCCUGUUCCACACACAUAACGACCCAAGUAUUUACAUAACAAUAGUGGCAUGAAGACUUUAUCAUGUGUAGCAGGCUAGUGGGGUUUCCACGCUACCAAGUUGAAUAGUAAACCACACAAUACACAGAGCAGUACAACGUCAGAUGAUUUAUUUACCCUGUGAAUAACAAUCCCCGUGGUGGGAAAAAGGUAAU